GAGAGAGAGAGAGAGAGAGGGAGGGGAGUCGCCCUGUAAGAAUUGUAAAACUAAUACUCAGCUCAGACGACUGUGUGACUGUGAGAGAGAGAUGAGAGGUUCUGUAGCUGUCUCACUGCUGCCCCUCUCUCUUCCCUGUUCGGUCAUGACACAGCAAGAUGAGGAAGUGAAAUACGGUAGCAUGGGGGUCGGACUAAAUGUGGAACUGUGACUUCUCUAAUGUGUAAAGUGUGCUAGGAAGGGAAACUAAUUAAGGAAGUUACCACCUACCCCUGUAACUGUGUGUUUACCAUUUCUUUGCCUGUUUUUUGGAAGAUUGAUUUCGAGAGCUACCUAAGAGAAUCUUUAAUUUGCUGUCACCUUUUUGGGCACAACUUCCGGGUGAAGCUGUAAAAGAGUAGCUGAAGAGAGAGAAGAUGCCUCCUCCCCCGCCACCACCCCCCGCCCCUCCCCCACCCCCAACCUUCGCUGUGGCAAACACAAAGAAGCCGUCGCUCAAUAAGAAUGAAGUACAAGGAAGAAAUGCCUUACUGUCUGAUAUCGGCAAAGGUGCACGUCUGAAGAAGGCUGUCACCAAUGACAGGAGUCAACCCAUCAUUGACAAACCCAAAGGAGGAGGAGGUGGAGGAGGAGGAGGAGGAGGAGGAGGAGGAGGAGGAGGAGGAGGUGGAGGAGGAGGAGGAGGAGGAGGAGGAGGAGGAGGUCCAGCACUAGGAGGUCUCUUCACAGGAGGCAUGCCCAAGCUUCGGUCCGCAGGAGGGACCAGCAACGCAGGCCCUAGGCCCCCCAUGCUACCUCCAGGAGGUCGUUCCUCAGGCCCCAGACCAUUUGGUGGUGGGGGCCCCUCCGCUGGCCCUCCGCGGUUCCAAGGGGCCCCAGCCUUUCCCCGGAGCAGCGCCCCCGACCUCCCCAGGGGACGGGCAGGCCCCCCGCGACCAGAGACCCCCGGCGGACCCCCUCCCCCCGUCCCCAACACCCCACGGCCCAACCAGAGCCGAGGGACCCCGCCUGUUCCAGGAGGAGCCCGGCCCCCCAGCUCAACCCCGGCCCCUCCACCACCCAACCUCGCAGGCAGACACCCAGGCCUGCCCCCUCCCCCUGGCCCUAUAGGGGCCCCGCCUGGGCCCAAAUCCUCCUUUGGGGCCCCUCCGGUUCCCAGUAGUGGACGUCCCCCUCUACCCCCAGUCCCCCACCCUGGCAGACCCUCGGAGGACCCCCGGCCCCCACCCCCACCCCUGGGGGGCCGCCGGCCCUCCACACUCAGAGACGGACCCUCACCAUCUUUCAACUCCAAGCCCCCCAGCUCAUCUUCCCCUCAGCCCCCCAUCGGCGGCGGUGGAGCUCCCCCUCUCCCUCCUGGCAGACCGGGCCUUCCCAUGCUGCCCCCUACGCCUGCGGGAGGAGACGAACACACCCCCAGACUACCACAGAGGAACCUGUCACUCAACUCACUGGCACCGGCGCCCCCACCUGGCCGGUCAGGGCCACUGCCACCCCCUCCAAGUGAGAGGCCGCCCCCUCUGGGUAAAAACCCCUCAGGACGGACGGGCCCGCUCCCUCCCCCUCCCCCCUCAGGUCCACGUGGAGGCAGUAUAAGGUCAUCUCCAGUCCCCUCACCUCCUAACCGACCGGGAGCAGAGCCCUCCCGUGGGGGACUCCGGCCCCCGCUACCCCCAGACCGACCGGGCAUAGGAGGCCCUCCUCCCCCACCUCCCCCCAUGGGCAACGGCUUCCAGAACUCCCAUCACCAACACGUAGAUGAGUGGGAGGCCCGGUUCCAGUUCCACCCUGUCUCAGACCUCCCUGUCCCAGAGCCUUACGUGUCCUGUCAGAAGACAUACCCGAGCAAGUUGAACAAGACCGAUGGCAGAGGUUCAGAUAAAAAGUCGAGGGGUGCGCCCCCGCUACCCCCUAUCCCCAGGUGAAGGAGGGGGUCAUGUUUGGGAUAUCUCCUCUCCAUCCAUCUCUCCAUCCAUCCCUCCAUCUGUCCCUCCCUCAGAGUACAUGGAUAUAAGUCUGUAACUCCCACUGCCUCUGUGUAUGAGGCUUAUAGCACCUCAUGGAUGGACCAUAUUUGCAGUGGGACUCACACAACCACGUAUUUCUGCCUGGAGUUUACAAAAUAUUGUCAUUAACGAACAGCACCCAAACAAACAAAGUGGCAACAGAGGCUCGUUUUAUAGGCUAUGCAUUUGGUUUUGCUCCACUAUGUAGUGUUGAAACUGUUUACUUUUCUUAUCAUUUUUCACUGUGCCUUUUUUAAAAUACAGUUUUGUUAUGAAGGAUCUUCAUGAGAUUUAAGGGAAACAAUGAUGUUGAAUGCUGUGCCUGUCUUUGCCAAAGGGCAACCAAACUAUAGCAUAUAAGUUACAUUUUUCUAACCAUCAAAGGGUACUUCCCAUACGAUUAUCACAGUCAUGUGCAGUUCACGGCAUGUCUUGAACUUUGUUUUUUACAAGGUAGAGACAAAAUGGACGCUUGUGUGUUACAGUAUGUGUUGAUUGAACUUUAGGUGAAAAUUGAAUGUUUUAUUUUUGCCUUGAAAGAAAACAACUGUCACUCAUGAAGGAGGUUAGUUUAACUUUGUAGGAUUUAAGUUGUUGGGAAGGAUUAUUUGUUUUUAUUUUCGAAGUUAUGUAUUUGACUAUUUCUUUGACUAUACAGUUACAGUAUUAUCUUCUGCUUCUGUACUGCUGCUCUGGGUAGCCUCCUCUACUUGAUAUUAACAUCAAGCUUGUCUCAGAACCACUUGCAGAGUGACAAUCCAAUAUUUGACCUAUGAAAGUAAAUCAUUAAAAUGUAUUAAAAUGUUAUACAUGAUGCUGAAGUUAUGAUACGAAUGCGCUUGCUCAUAGAAUUUGCGAGUGUUUUAAUGUAUGCUAGGAGGAUAUGAAAAUGGAUCAAAAUAUGCUGGAUGUAUGCUGAGUAAGGGCUAUGUUUGGCCUCAGUGUUUUCUUUGUUCUGUAAAGAUGAUAAUAUGUAUUUCUGAAGAGAGAAUGUGGAAAUGGCAUGAACAUGUUGCGUGUUUGACCAAAGACAAUCAGCUGCACUAGGACAUGGUCUCUUUCCACAGACUACCAAGGACCAAACAGCCAGAAACAUCCAGCAGAAAUGGAACGUUUUAAAAAGAGGACCAUUCAAGUUAGUUCCUCCUCAGGUGACAGGAAUAAUGAAUGACGUUCCUCAUGGGGAAAUGUUUUCUUUCAGUCUUCUUUCAUUAUUAAUUCUGUUGUCUCUGUUAACCCAGAAGUAAAAUAUUGCGUAGUUUGGUCAGCUACACAAACUGCCCACGGGAGAUUAGUUCCCUAUGACAUUUACAAUGGUACUACCGAGUGCUUUAUGCACUUUGGAUUCAAAGGAAUUUGUCUUAUUUUUUAGAUGCAUUCAACUGCUUUUGUUUCAGCCUUUCAGUGUAUUUUCUUCCUGAAGCUUUUCAUUGUAAAACAAAACAAACUAUUUCCAAAUGGAUUUUCUAAAUAAAGCGAAUAAAGUUGAAAUUGA